AUGCUUCAUAGCAACGGUAUCAGGAUCUUGACCGGCAACAGUCACCCAGAACUCGCUCAAGCCGUCGCUGAGCGGCUGGCAGUUCCACUCGUUCCCUGCACCGUCAGAAAAUUCUCCAAUGGUGAAAUUGAUGCCAAAAUAUCUCAAUCCGUCAGAGAUGAAGAUGUGUUCAUAAUCCAGUCGGGUUCUUGUGAUGUCAAUGACAAUCUCAUGGAGCUUCUCAUCCUUAUUUCGGCGUGCAAAGGGUCGUCCGCAAGGCGUAUCACGGCCGUCAUUCCGUGUUUUCCCUAUGCCCGUAUGGACAAGAAAGACAAAUCGAGGGCACCUAUAACAGCCAAACUAGUCGCUAAUAUGCUUGUUGCAGCUGGUUGUGACCAUGUACUCACCAUGGACCUUCAUGCCAGUCAGAUACAGGGUUUUUUUGACAUUCCCGUCGACAACCUGUGUUCGGAACCUUUGAUGAUUUCCUACAUCCAAGAGCGGAUCCCGCUAUGGAGGGAAAGUAUCGUCGUUAGCCCUGAUGCAGGAGGGGCAAAACGAACUACAGCUCUCGCUGAUCGUCUGGGCGUGGAGUUCGCUCUGAUUCAUAAGGAUCGUGACAGGAAAUCCGUCAAUGCGCCCGAGAGGAUGGAGAUUCUCGUUGGAGGCGUCCAGGAUAAAGUUGCUAUCCUCUUGGACGACAUGAUCGACACUGGGGAAACCCUUAUCCUGGCUGCAAAAACUUUACAUGAAAAAGGAGCGCGUUCGGUGCAUGCCUUCGUUUCUCAUGGACUUCUUACGGAGGCUAAUCUAAGUCUCAUCGACGAACUUCCGAUUGAGGAACUAGUGGUUACCAACACCAUCCCGCAAAAUAAGAAUAUGGAACAUUGCAAGAAGCUCGCUGUGAUCGAUAUCAGCCCCAUCUUGGCGGAGAGCAUACGCCGUACUCACAACGGCGAGAGUUUCAACAAGCAUUUCAGGGAAUGGGAGGAAAAUGAUGGGGGCAUGCUCGUGAAGCAUAACUAUGCUAACAAACACUGGACGAUUCCUAACGGUUUUAGCUCCAGCUAA